UGCUGUCAUUUGUCAAAGAUCGCGCCAAAACAAAACAUACUUUUUCAUUUUAAUUGUAUUUUAAAUUAAAAGAUUUACAAAUUAAAGUCAGUUUACAGAAUAAUUAUUAGUAAUGGAUUUUAAAAUCAAAAGAAAAUCCACUAAAACAGUUGUCACUGGAAGUCUUGUGGAAAACUAUCCACACGACUUGCAAAUGUACAAAAUUCCACCUACUGAAAACAUAUCUUUACAUGAGUUUGAAGCCCUUGCUUUGGAGAGGCUCACAUUAUUAAGAUGUUUAGCCACAGCAACAACCUUGAAGGGUCUACGACCGUAUUCCGAGGAAUGGACGGAAUUUGUGCUUGGGGAUCUAAAAACACAAGGGUUGAAAUAUUACGCUAGAUUGUGUGAGAAGUCUGGUUGCGGAACACAUGAUGCCGAUUUACAAGCGAGACGUAAGGAUCAUAUUGCCCAUUUUAUACUGCGAUUAGCAUAUUGUAGAACAGAGGAGCUACGCCGUUGGUACAUUGCGCGUGAACUGGAAUUAUUUAAAAUGAGGUUUAUGACUAUGAAAAGUGACGCUGUGGAUGCGUUUUUUAAACUAAACAAUCUUUGUUACACUAACAUAUCAGAUGAUGAGAAAAACGAGCUUAUGAAAUAUUUAAGAGAAUCUACGUUCUAUCAGAGCACCCAAAAUAUAGAAACCUUCAAAUUUUACAAGGUAAAGUUUUUCGAAGUGUUGGACUUGGUCAAAGCGAGGAAAGUGUACUUGAAAGGUGGAUAUGCUUAUGUACCACAUAAAGAUUUCAUAUCAGUUCUGUCUGCACAGUAUAGGACACAUUUACGACACAGCUUGGCAAUUGCUUGUCAACAUUUAGGUGAAAUAGAACAAGAUGAGAGACUUGUAUCUCUGCUCAAAGGGUUACACCAGGCAUACUCCGGCAAUGAUUAUAUUAGUGACACAAAAGUUGUUAUACCUAUAGAAAGUAUUGAUUCCCUGUCAGUGAAAUCAUUCCCCUUGUGCAUGAGACAGCUACAUGAGCAGCUUCGCUCAGCUCACCAUCUUAAGCACGGUGGAAGACUUCAGUAUGGACUAUUUUUAAAAGGAAUUGGUGUUACAUUGGAAGAUUCCCUAAGAUUUUGGAGGGAGGAGUUUACUAAAAUUAUGGAGUUAGAUAAGUUCGAGAAACAAUAUGCAUAUAAUAUCAGAUACAAUUAUGGUAAAGAAGGUAGUAAGAAGAACUAUGCACCCUUCAACUGCUUGAAGAUUAUUAACAACAAUGUGGGACCUGGUGAUUGCCACGGUUGCCCAUUCAGGCACAGCGAAUUUAACAUUCUGAAAAAUAAAUUAAAAGGAUAUGGGCUGGAAGGACAAGCUGUCAAUGAUAUAGUAGAUAUGACUAAGAAAGGACAUUGUCAAAUUGCCUGCAGUAAAUAUUUUGAUGCAGUCCACAAUACUGGUCUCGAUUUGGGUAUAAAUCAUCCUAAUCAGUUUUUUGAAGAGAGUCAAAAACUUUUGAAAGGUGAAAUUAAAGCUGAACCUAAAAAGGAAUCAAAACCAAACAAUAAUAUUAAGAAAGAACAAGAUAAUUUUGAAGAUAUGGACCUGGAUGAGAUAGCUGAAUGGAAAGAAACUUGAUUUUUUGUGUUUAAUAAAAUAAUUUCACCUAGUAAUACUUAUUUACAAA